AUGAAGAGCACUCCGCUUAUCAUCAAUUGGCAUGACCAAAAUGCCCCCAUCUACUCCGCCCAUUUCGAGUCUCACGGCAAGGGCAGGCUGGCUACUGCAGGCGGAGACAACAAUGUUCGCCUUUGGAAGGUCGAAGGCGAAGGUGAGGACAGAAAGGUUGAGUACCUGUCCACUCUUGCAAAGCAUACUCAAGCUGUGAACGUCGUCCGGUGGGCGCCAAAGGGCGAACUCCUUGCCUCCGCCGGAGAUGAUGGCAACGUCAUCCUCUGGGUUCCGUCCGAAAACCACCACCCGACCUUUGGUACCGAUGGCCUCGAGGACAAGGAGACAUGGCGAGCAAAGCACAUGUGCCGCUCGUCCGGCGCAGAGAUCUACGACCUCGCAUGGUCACCAGACGGGUCAUAUUUCAUCAUCGGCAGUAUGGACAAUAUUGCUCGUAUAUACAAUGCCGGAACAGGUACUCUGGUACGCCAAAUAGCUGAGCACAGUCACUAUGUGCAAGGCGUAGCUUGGGAUCCCUUGAAUGAGUAUAUCGCGACCCAAUCUUCCGAUCGAUCAGUCCAUAUCUACUCUCUCAAGACCAAGGAUGGGCAGUACACCCUGACAAGUCACGACGAUAAGCCGCCCAAGAUUGCCAGCCACACCAAGACUGACUUGCCUCCUCGGCGGAUAUCAUCCAACAGUCCUGCUCCACCCGAAAUUGGCUAUAGGGCCCAGCUGGCGGCGAUAGAUGCCUAUGCAUGUGAUCAGUCACAGCCGCAAAUCGUCAUUUUCAGACAGAGCAUCGAGACGCUCUGUGUCUCCUGCACCAUCAAUGCCUCUGCCGGCAGUGAUGCCCAUGGAAGCUUCUCCUAA